AGGUUUCGAAGAUUCGUGACACAUUUGCUUGCUUGAGAGAAAAACAAUUGAUUUUUAUCUGUGAACUUUAUAAUUUGGCAGCAAGUGGGUGCAUUUUGUCAUUAGGACUCAUCCGCUGAAAUUUGAUGGUGAUUCGGAGAAAAGAUGAAACCAGGAGCCACCUUCAUGACCAGAUCUUGAAGGCCUACGAGCACGAGACCACCCCUGAGUCUUGCGCCCAAGCUAUCUUCGAAUCGUUCUUGGACGAAUGUCGACCGAAGCCGUCUCUGUCCAUGGUACCAACCGAGGCAUACAAGAAUGGAAGACCAAACAAGGGGUUUCAAGCCUUAGUUGCAGUCUCAAAUGAGACCUACAAUUCUGAGGAGUGGCACAGCGCACUCAAGAGCAAUAUCACAUGCUGGGGGCGAGUGUAUGUUGGACCACAUGCAAAGAAGGUGUGGUUGGAGUAUGUGAAGGGAAACACAAAGAGGAAGUUGAAAGUGCAAACGGACAAGAGCAGCGCUCGAGUUCCGUUGUCGGAUGAUGGGGGAGAAAAAGCAACCCCGGACGAGGGUGAUAUGCCAGUGAAGGAUAUUGUCACGGAGGAGAAGGAGGAAGAGGACAUUCCAAUCCCUAUUGGGAUGAAAGGAAAUAUCUUUCUCUUUGGCUGCGUCCCCUGCAAGUGGGAGACCUCCUUCGGAGUGGACAACACAGGCAACGAACAGCACAACCCUAGCCCGAGGGUUCUUUUCAACCUGCUCCCCAUCGGGCCCGACUUCAAAUCCGUUCGCAUGCUGCUUGGAGCCAACCUGCAUUCCAAUCCUGCGACAUGCCUGAUGAACUUGGCACUGGAACUUGACAAAAGUCUCACCGGACAAGGGGCGUUCAGAAAAUUGGCUGUUGAGACCAAUGCGUAUGGAAUCUUCGGCUUUCAAGACGAGCAAGUCGUUUGCUUCUUGAGGAAGCAUUUUGCACCAUAUUUAGUCGAAACUGUCAAAGUCUCUGAAUUUCUGAGUCAGCGGCGAAAGGCAGAAGCUCUCAAAAUGAACAAGAAGGUCAGGGUUCCCAGGUCCUCCUCGGAUCACUACUUCUUCGACAGGGCAUGCCGACUCUCCAUCCAUGUCUACCGAUGGCAACACAAGUCUCCAGAGGAUUCCGAAGCCUAGCCGCCCUGGGUCGUUUCCGGGCCUCCUGCUAGCUUCAUGCGGCGGCUCACCACUGACGAGGCUCUUGGUCGGCCGGCACUAAUCAGGAAGUUCUUUGCUCAAGUGACCCAAUCAUGGCAUGAAGAAGCCCCAGCGAAUAAACUCAGUCCAGCUC